CCUUCUCCCCCGUCGACACGGAUCCUCCUCCUGCCUCUUGAAACCGCUUUCACCGCCACAUGAGCGACAUUUUGGGGGCUCGGUGUUCAUCUCCCCGUCCCUCGAGACCAGUCACACAUAUCCGUGUCCCGGUGGAUCUUUAUCGUUCCGUUUGGACCCGACGCCGCCGGAGCUGUGUUCCAGGCUCACGUUACUUCAGUGGGCGGAUAACGCGGAGGAGGGCACCGGGCCUGGCUGCUCCGGAGAGUCGGCUUCCCGGGAUUCACCAUUUUCAGGCCUCGCUCCGCCCUGCCAUGGAGAAGAUGAAGAGGAUCAAGAAGCGCCUGUCGUUGACGCUGCGCUCCAGCCAGAGCGUCGACGAGUCUCUCUCCGAGCUCGCCGAGCAGAUGACCGUCGAGGACGGCGGCACCAAGGACGACGGUGGCGUCAUCGGCGGCACCCUGGGGUCCUUCAUGGCCAUGCCGCGCAACGGCAGUCGUCUAGACAUCGUGCACGAGAACCUGAAGAUGGGCUCUGACGGGGAGAGCGACCAGGCGUCAGGAACCUCUUCAGACGAGGUGCAGAGCCCCACCGGAGUCUGCCUGAGGACACGCCUCCACCGGAGGAUCUCCAUGGAGGACCUCAACAAGCGCCUGUCGCUGCCGGCCGACAUCCGGAUCCCCGACGGCUACCUGGAGAAGAUGCAGCUCAGCAGCCCGCAGUUCGACCUGCCGCUCAGCCGGCGCUCUCGCCGAGCUUCACUGUCUGAGAUUGGUUUUGGCAAGUUGGAGACGUACAUCAAGCUGGACAAACUGGGAGAGGGAACCUACGCCACAGUAUUUAAAGGGCGCAGCAAGCUGACUGACAACCUGGUGGCACUGAAGGAGAUCCGGCUGGAGCACGAGGAGGGAGCGCCAUGCACCGCCAUCAGAGAAGUUUCGUUACUGAAGGACCUCAAACACGCCAACAUCGUGACGCUUCACGACAUCAUCCACACCGACAAGAGCCUCACGCUCGUCUUUGAGUAUCUGGACAAGGACCUGAAGCAGUACAUGGAUGACUGUGGAAACAUAAUGAGCAUGCACAACGUGAAGGUCUUCCUGUACCAGAUUUUGCGAGGGCUGUCGUAUUGUCAUAAGAGGAAAGUUCUCCACAGGGACCUGAAGCCCCAGAACCUGCUCAUCAAUGAGAAGGGAGAACUCAAACUGGCUGAUUUCGGGUUGGCGAGGGCCAAGUCCGUCCCCACUAAAACCUACUCCAACGAGGUGGUGACUCUUUGGUACCGGCCCCCCGAUGUUCUACUGGGAUCCUCCGAGUACUCGACGCAGAUCGACAUGUGGGGCGUCGGCUGCAUAUUCUACGAGAUGGCCGCGGGUCGGCCGCUGUUCCCCGGCUCCACCGUGGAGGACGAGCUCCACCUCAUCUUCCGGCUGCUGGGCACGCCGACGGAGGACAACUGGCCGGGCAUCGCCUCCAUCGAAGAGUUCAAAUCCUACAAGUUCCCCAAAUACAAGCCGCAGCCGCUAAUCAACCACGCCCCCAGGCUGGACGGCGACGGCAUCGAGCUGCUGCUGGCGUUCCUCAGAUACGAAUCCAAGAAGAGGAUUUCAGGCGAAGAGGCAAUGAAACAUUCCCACUUCCGGCAGCUCGGGAUGAAAAUUCACGCCCUUCCUGAGAAUGUCUCAAUAUUCACAUUAAAGGAGGUGCAGCUGCAGAGGGACCCUGGUUACAGGAACCCCUCGUACACAGAGUCAGGUAACGGCAAGAUCAACAGGAGGCAGAGCAUGCUCUUCUAAGGUCUGAUGAAGAGGACGGACUUCAUCAUCCCUUCCCACCAACCUCUCUCGCAUGAGCCCCCCCCCCUCGUACCUACGCACACAUCAGCACGCACACACACAUGAACACACACACACACGCAUCAACACGCACACACACAUGAACACACACACACACACACACAUGAACACACACACACGCACACACACAUGAACACACACACAUCACACAUCAACACGCACACACACAUGAACACACACAUCAACACGCACACACACAUGAACACACACACAUCACACAUCAACACGCACACACACAUGAACACACAUCAACACGCACACACACAUGAACACACACACAUCACACAUCAACACGCACACACACAUGAACACACGCAUCAACACGCACACACACAUGAACACACACACACACACACAUCACGCACACAUCACCACGCACACACAUCAACACACACACACACAUCAACACACACACACACAUCAACACGCACACACACAUGAAGACACACACAUCACACAUCAACACGCACACACACAUGAACACACACACACACACACAUCACCACGCACACACACACCCUCUGAGCAUGUGACUCCGGGUCGGAUCGAUUUGGAGACUGUUUAUUUAUUGGGGGGCUGAGGUUGAGUUUGUUGCUGCUAAACUACUACUGUCUGUAUUUAACACACCGUGUGUGUGUGUGUGUGUGUGCGUGUGCGUGUGUGUAUAAAGAUGUGAACUCCAGACGCCACGCACAGUCGAGCAGUCGGAGCGGUUACUUUUGUUUUUACUCCCGACGACGAUUCUCCGGCUUCCUUCGAGUUCGAAUCCCACUGAUGUCGACGCUGUGAUCCACGUUGUUGUUGUUGUUGUUGAUGUCGUCGUUGACGUGCUCGGGGACCGAAAAGCUUCAGUUUAUAUAUCUAUAGAUAUAUAUAUAUUUGGAGUUUUUGUUUUUCUUCGAGCUUCCGUGACUGAACUCCACAACAUUUCCAGGUUUUUAGAAAGACUGGGGCGCGAGGGGGCGGGGGGAGGUUCCUCUGGUUCCUCUGAUUCUUUGGUUCCUUUGGUUCCUCUGGUUCCUUUGGUUCUUUCGGACCGUUUAGCUUCACAACCUGACCAAAACUUAAGGGGGGGGGGGCAAAUGGUUUGUGAGUACGAGCUCAGAGCGGACGACUGGAGCCGAACAGGAAGUCAUGUGACGUCCCACAGGAAGCCAGCGAGCCUUCCCUAAAAAAGAAAACCUGCUUUAAAAAGAAGCAGCUUCGCUCCCCGCUCUGAGACGCUCUGCAGACGCUCUGUGUUUGACUUGCACUGCGGGGUGUUUUCUUUGGGAAUCUGGGGGUUAAUCUAGCAGCAUUAAGAUGUGUCCUCUGUGACCUCUGACCUCGCCUCGGGGAACAACGCCGUCAUUGUGGCAUGUUUUCUUUUUUUUGGGGGGGGGGGGGCGCCUUAAAAAGCAAAAUGUUUUUUUUUUUUUCACGUUGCGCGUCAAACCCACUGCUCGCUAGCAUUUUUGAGAGAGAGAGAGAGAUAAUCUAACUGUUAUGCUAACCUGAGUGGUGGUCUUCUUGGCUGACUCACCCAAUGGACCCAUUUCACAAAGUGUCAAACUAUUCCUUAAAAGCAGGUUAAACUCCUGUUCACCGGGCGCCACAUCGGCAUCCCGGCUUCCUCUUAAAGGGCCAGUGUAACGGUAACACUGUGUAAACUAUUGUUAAAUAACUCCCGCUGCAUUCGAUUAUUGUUUAUUUGAGUGUAGAAAUAUUGUACAUAAGAAAAUGUCUCUAAUAUUAUAACAUAAAUCCAUUUAAUUUGAAACCUUCAAAAUAAAAGCACGGGACAUUUUUCUUUAAAGAAAAGGCGAUCGUGUGUCUAUCAAGCCGUCAGGGGGCCACAAAAAAUAAUGCGGUGGGCAGAAAUCCAUCACGGAAGAGGCCCAGAGAGCGAUGCUCUCCACUCGGCAGUGAAUCACACCGAGGAAGCAAAGAACAUCGAGGCUGAGCAUGCAGGAGAAGGUCUGAGGGGGUCGUUCCUCAUCCACGUGAAGAGUUCACAUGUCCACUGAGAUUUAAAGGAUCGGAGCGACCCCGAGGUGCUAGACAAGUGCCAGAAGCACAACUAAUGCUCAUUAAUAGCUGAGAGAAUUAAUGUAAUAAACAUUAACUUGACCACAGUUUGCAGCUAAGUGUUAUAAUCCUGUGAACGUCCCUCCACGAGUUCAAACAGACAUUCCUUCUCUAUAAUUAUGUCGCGUGAGCUCAUCAUUUCACAAUAGAAACGGAAGAAACUGUUUACAUUUUGAAUAAUGUGACGAUUGUUGUAUUCACAGCGGGGGGGAAGUCAUUAUGUUAAUGGUGGACGUCCUUGUGGCCCAAUGAGUUCUCCAUAUUUCACGUGGUGCGAGUCAUUUUUCGGCGUGUUGCUGUGAUCAACGGUAAGAAUGCAGGAUUAUUCCACCGUGAAAUGCAAACUGUGUCGCUAAUGGAAGUUUGCUUCUUUGUUUUGUUUUUACAUGAAGGAGAUUUCUGCAACCGCUAAAUGUUUAUUAUUGUAAAACUGUAAAACUUUUUUUUUUUCCAAAUGUGUGAAUGACCCGAAUUUAUGUGAACAAAGCGAGCGCCUGAUGCAUGGAAGGCCUGCUGUGUGUGUGAAUCCCAUCUCCAAUGAAACACAGGGCCGCCGGCGAACAGCUGGUGUGUGUGUGUGUCUUUUUAAUGGAACUAUUUAUUUCUCAUAACCAUCUUGAAAAAAACAAAGUAAAUCUAACUGUUUCCUCCACGGCGUGUGCGUGUCGUCUCAAUGCUGCGUCGCUGUUCUCAUUUUAUUCCACAAAUAAAAACAGUAUAAAAUCA